AUGACCUUGCAUUCACUUUUGGCUGCCAAUUGCGAAGCUUCUGCACAGGAGCAUCAUACAGAAGAGAUUGUGGAAGCUUCACGAGAAAACCAGAAACAAGCCAAGCUUAUGGUAAGCAUACUUGAAAACGAAAUCCCACUGUAUCGUAUCACGAUAAAUUAUCAACAUGCACGUACUGAUUUUGAACCUUGCUCUACUACAUCCAUCCCAACAAUCUUGCCUGAAGAUGUUGAUCUGACAUGGCUAGACUUCUCUGACGAUUUUGGACCCGAUUCUUCCCCUUUUGAUGGAGACGGCAAAGGCAUAAGCCGUCGCCAUUACCUCAGAGCACGAAAGUAA